GGCUACGACACGUAACUUUUCAAAACAGUAAAUAAAAAUUGAAUUUAGAUAGGCGACAGUUAUGGAUAUCGAUAGCAGCAAAUAUUACAUUGAAAGUAACAUUUUGUCAAUUUUUAUAAAUAUGAACUGCUCAAAGGCGAACAGAUUCCUGAAGAUGACAAUGCAUCUUCUUUAGUAUCGGUUAAAAUCGAAGAUUUACCAGAUACAUUGAAAGAUGAUGAACUUGAUCCGCUUGUCUUGAGAGUCAAGGAGACGAUAAAAGACUCAGAAGCAAAAGUAGUUUCAAAAUUUUAAAUACCGUGGUUUAGGAAAGGUUUGAUGGACUAUCUACUGAUGUUCAUUCUCAAGUUUCUCCUCCAUCUGUUGAUCAGUUUUUCCGUAAUUACUUACAAAACAAUGGAUUUCUUGAGACUCUUAAUGUUUUUCAAGCAGAAUGGUUUGAUAUUUUCUCGAGUUCGAUUUUUAGGUUCAAGUUCUUGCAUAAAGGUUUAUUGAAUAAAGAAGCUGCCCUAGUUCCUGAUAUUUAUAUACAGAACGAUGAGCUAAGAAAUGUGAUAAAAGAUAUAAGAUCAGAAAAUCUGACUUUGAAAAAUUCAGUUUUGUAAUUUUAAGCAUCCGAAUAACAAUUAUUUAUUCCCGUAUAGGAAGCUAAGUGAUGAGUUGAAAAAAGUUAAGAAUGAACGAGAUUAUCACAUGAUCAAGCACAGACAGACGUUACAAGAUAAAGAGAAGCUACACUGUGAUAUAAAAAGAGUAAAAGAACAUUAUGCCGAAUAUGAGCCAAUUUUAAGAUUAUUAAGACAAAAAUAUGAAACAGCAAUGAAAGAAAAAACGUUACAUAGAAUUGAACGAGACAAAGCUAUGAACCAAGUUGAAGGACUUCGACAUGCUUUAACUUCAUUACAAAAAUUAGGCAUAACGUCUAAUGAUGCAAACGAUAUUGAAAAUGUUGAUCUGGAUCAUAAAAUAACUGAGAAAAGGUUGGAAAAUACAACAAGUAGACAGAAUAAAAAAGAAACUGAUCAAAAGUGUAAAAAGAAUUAUAUGAGAUCAGAAAAGUUUAAUAUCCAAACUAAACUGGAUCAUAAUUUGAAAAGGAUUGGAUUUUGUGAUUUAUCUAUUGAUUAUAAAGUGAAUCCAUUAUUGGCUAAACUUACAAAUCAUUCAUAUAAAUUUACACGAUUAGAUAGUAGAAAAUUAGAUAUGAGUAUACAUGCUCAUAAUGCUGCUAUUAGCAAAUUAGCUAUUCAUUCAAAUAAAUCAUGGUUAUGUUCAGUUGGUGAUGAUAAAUUAUGGAAAUUGUGGAAAAUUCCAAAAUUAGAAUUAUUAAUGGAAUAUAAACUAAUAACAAAUGAUUGGAUAUCAUCAAUUGAUUUUCAUCCUAAAGAAGAAAUAUUAGCAACAGGAAAUGCUCAAGGUUCUAUUCAAAUAUGGAAAAUUGACCUUAUCGAUGACAAAAUAUCGGAACAGAAUCAUUGUAAACGUAUUGGUAUUUUACGUCAGCAUACUGGAGCUGUUUGGUCUGUGAAUUGGCAUUGGACUGGUACUUAUUUAGCUAGUUCCGGUAUGGAUAAUACAAUACGUCUAUGGAAUGUUGAACACGCUAUGAUGUCAUUUAAAAUGAAUAAAGAUUUAUUAAGCACACGUUCUGCAACAUCAUGUUGUACAAUACUUAGAGGGCAUAGUAAAUCAGUGAAUUCUAUUCAAUUUUUACCUUAUGGAAAUAUUUUAGUUACUGGUUCAUCAGAUAGAACAGUGUGUUUAUGGGAUGGUCGUUCGGGUUUAUGUGAGCAUACAUUUCUUGGUCAUACACAUUCAAUCAAUUGUGCUAUAUUUAAUCAACAAGGUACCAAUGUGAUAUCAUGUGACAGUGGAGGUUUUAUUCGAUUAUGGGAUCUUCGUAAAAUCAAUAAUUUCUCAUUUGAAACAAAUUUACCUACCUUAAAAAGGAAAUUGCACAAUAAUAAUAAUAAUGUGGAGGUGAAAUGUUUGCCUACUUGUUUUGAUUUGAAUAAAACUCGAAAAUUUGAUCGUUUCAAUCAUCCUCAUCCUCAUAAACAACAUCCUAAUCAUCAUCCAAAUCCUACAUCUAUACAACAUAAACAAUUAGAACAACGAAAUCAACUUGGAAUUAAUCAAUUAGUUAUUGAUUUGAAUAGUGAAUAUAUUGUUGCUGGUUGUGAUGAUUCUAAAAUUUAUUGUAUAGAAAUAUCAACUGGUCAAAUAUCUACAUUACAAGGACAUGAUGAUUCGGUUCAAUCCAUUGUAUUAGAUUAUGAAUCAGGAUAUUUAUAUUCAGCAUCCAGUGAUCAAAAGGUAUGUUCAUGGAUCUGAAUGAAACACAGAACAUUAUUUUAUUAUUUUGAUGAUUAUGCAUAAAAGAUCAUCCUUUUUAGAAACAUUUUACAAAAUCAACUCAAUCAUGUAAAAGUUUUUAAAUAAACAAAUUUUAUUUCACAGGGG